AUGGGAAUCGCCAAUGGCGCGACUCGUGCGGAGAUCGACCACAUACUCACCAACCGGAGGUGGUGUCUACUUGACGUCUCAGUAGUACCAUCCUUUUGUAGUGGUUCUGAUCACCGUCUCCUUCGUGCGAAAAUACGACUUAGCCACACGAUGGAAAAGAACAUCUGCUAUCGGCAACGAAGGAGAAAAGAAGUCGUCUACGACGAUUGCGUACUCGAGGACUCCUUGUCCCAAGAGGAUUACGAGCCUGAACGUGCCUCGAAGUCGCGCACGACAAACUUGGAUCGAAUUUCGAAGACCACCAAGGAAUUGUUAGGAAGAAGAAGGGCUUUGAGGCUUGAUCCGAAUGCAUCGCACAUUGAGCGCCCAAUCAUCCCCACUGGCGAAGCUCCACCACGGAUUCUCCCUUCGGAAGUACGAGUCGCUAUCAAGAGCAUGAAACCUGGCACAGCCCCCGGACCUGAUUUUAUAUCAGCAGACUUUCUUCGGGCUGGUGGCCAUCCGCUUCAUGUAAAAGAAAGGAUCCCAGACCAGUGGAAGACCUCGCGAACCGUUCUUAUCCAUAAGAAAGGGGUACGACAAGGCGAUACUAUAUCGCCGAAGCUGUUCACGGCUGCAUUGCAAUGGAUAAUGAAAUCACUAUCCUGGGAAGAAAGGGGCAUACGUGUUGAUGGAAGAUUUCUUUCGAACCUUCGUUUCGCGGACGACAUCGUUCUCUUUCCGACCAAUGAAGCAGAAACAAUGCUCAACGAAUUGAACGAAGCAGGGAAGAGAAUAGGACUACGAAUAAACAGAAAGAAGACACAGUUCAUGAAGAACGCCUACUGCGAGGACGGAGGAGUACAACUUGAAGGCUCCCAAAUCGUGGAAACUCCGUCAUACGUAUACCUCGGACGUUCUAUGAACAUGGAAAACACUGAAGGAAGAACUGAAUAG